AUGCCCAGUCAACACGAAAUCUCCAAAACCAUCGUGGAUGGGAGCUUGAGAAAGGAUUCGGAUCCAUCAGCAUGCAAAGAUGAUCUGAAUUCCUCGUUUGAUACAGCCAGUACUACUACCAGUACGGUUUUGGAUUCUUCCUACUCAUACUCAGAAAAUGAUCUUUAUUUGGUGGAGCCGAUUCCACUCUGCCGAUCACGGCCUUCGUUUGGCUCUUGUAGUCCAAGCUCGAGUGGCUCCAGUCGGAGUUCGAGUUCGAGUUCCACGCGAACAAAAGAAGAACUAACUACAGCCCAUGGUUCGGAAAUGCCUAAUGGGUGCUACGACAAAGGCAAAGCCAAGCAACGAGCUGGUAAAGGUCGAUUGAUAUCAAUCUUCCUCCUUGCUGCAGGUACAAUUGCAUUCAUCCGAUCUAUAGUCAACGACCCUGGCUCUGGUGAAGGUGGUGAACGUUACAACACCUGGAUGCAUUUCAUGAACAACGAAGCUGGCUUUCUCAAGCACAAAAUCGCUCACACCACUCAGGAAAAGCAAUUCACAAUACUGCUGAAAGGUGAUCGAAUAGAUUUCAUCCAUCAGUCAAUAGAUGCACACAGUGCCUGCAGCUCGGUGAAGGAAAUUCAAUUGGACUUUGGAUCCAGCACUAUUCCAGACAGGACUUUGGCUCGGGAUGAUAAGGUUACAACUUCUCGUAUCGUCCACACGAAUGCCGUGUUGCUCCUGUCACAAGAUGUCUUGCUCUCUUGCGAAGAAUUGGACAAAGCUUUUGAUGCUUGGAAGAGUGACACUAGCCGACUUGUAGGUUUUUUUGGAUAUCAGCAAACACCAUCUUCUGAUACAUUCCUUCGAUCCACAAUUUCAGAUCGAUUGUAUUCAGCCGUCCAAACAGGAAGUGGCGCAUACUCGGUGGUAUCGGACAAAGCAGUUUUUGCCAACACGCUGUACAUUGAUUCGAUACCAACAUAUGAUUACAGGUCCUCUUCCUGCCAACUUUUGCUUUCCUUGCAAGUGUCUGCAAUUUCAGGGAAGGCACCACAAGUGAUCAAGUCAAACCCACGUAUGCUUUCGAGUGGUGUAGUUGAAGAGGAAGGUAGUGAAUGCGUCAACUCUUGGUUGCAAGUUCAUUUAUCCCAAGGUGCAUCAACGCUGAUGUAA